AGGAGGAACAUCCACAUCAACGACAACGUCCUGCACUCGGCCUACGAGUGCCGAGCGCAGAAGGUGGUCUCCUGCCUCUCCACCUGCAUCUUCCCGGACAAGACGACGUACCCCAUCGACGAGACCAUGAUUCACAAAGGACCACCGCACAGCUCCAACUUCGGGUACUCCUACGCCAAGAGGAUGAUCGACAUCCAGAAUAGGGCGUACUUCGAGCAGCACGGCUGCCGCUUCACCGCCGUCAUCCCAACCAACGUCUUCGGGCCUCACGACAACUUCAACAUCGAGGACGGCCACGUCCUGCCGGGGCUCAUCCACAAGGCGUACCUGGCCAAGCAGACCGGCUCCGCUCUGACCGUCUGGGGCACGGGAAAACCCAGGAGACAGUUCAUCUACUCCUUGGACCUGGCCCGGCUCUUCCUUUGGGUCCUCCGGGAGUACGAGGAGGUGGAGCCCAUCAUUUUGUCAGUUGGAGAAGAAGACGAAGUCUCAAUCAGGGAGGCAGCGGAGACGAUCGUGGAAGCCAUGGACUUCAAGGGAGAGCUCGUUUUUGACGCCACCAAGUCGGAUGGGCAGUUCAAGAAGACUGCCAGCAACGGCAAAUUGAGGCGCUACCUGCCCGGCUUUCAGUUCACGCCCUUCGGACAAGCCGUGAAGGAGACCUGUGCCUGGUUCAGCGCCAACUACGCCAACGCCAGGAAAUGACGGGCGCAGCGCGGCCGGCGCUUGUCGCGGCCGGGCCGCG